AUGGCCUCAUCCAACUCCGUCGCCACGAGAGUUGCCACGACCGACACGACCUCAAUCGGCGACCGUGUGCGAGCUGUGAGGGAGAUAGCGAGCCAUGCAUUGGCAACAAGUCUGGAGUCGUUGCGCGGGCGGGCGCUCGGGGUGGAUACGAUGAAUGUGAAUGUGAUUGUGAAUAGGAACGGCAAUGGGAAUGGGAAUGGGAAUGGGAACAGGCUUGAAUCCAGAAUCACCCACAACGAAUUGCAUAUGCACAAGCGACAUCUGAGCGGCGGCGCAAUUGCUGGAAUCACCGUCGGCGUGGUGAUUGCGGUUGCACUGCUGGCCAUCUGCCUGUACCCGUGCUUCCUCUAUCUCAAGCGUCGUCGAAGCAGCCAUUCACAUCCGCCGUUCGAUGCCGAGGUGGGCGCUGUUGGAGCCGGGCACGGUAGCAGCGCUUCUGGCGGAGCAAACACACCUCCUAAACGCCUCUCGUCGAGCGAUUCAUACAAGCACAAAGGAGACUUGACCCGCGGAGGAGAAGGCGAUGGAGGAAGCGCCGACUAUGGCCAUUGGGACGCUCAUGCGGAUCACAACCUUCACAAUGGCUAUUCUUUCCCUCUCAACACAGCAUACCUGCAGCCUGGGGAUCCCGGGCUCGUCAAUGGCGGCAUUGCUGAUGAGUACCGGGUCAAAGCGCAACCAUUCCCGCUGCUGGGUUGCGACGAUGGCGAGUUUGCACCGCCAUUAACAGACGAUCUCGAGCCCGGCGUUCUCAAAGGCACCAGCGCCGACUACUACAGUCCUCAUAUCCCAUCCGAGGCGUUUGGCAUGGUGAUGCAGCCCGAUCCGCCAGUCGACUCGCCUGUGCAGCCACCGUCUUCUUCGCGUUCUAGCUCCCUUCGCUUGAACAUGAUGCACAUGUUCCGGCGUAAGUCAGGCAGAGACGCAACAUUUGAUUCUACCAUUUCACGAUCAACCAUUCCGGAAGGAGAUCCAGCUUCAUCUCAGCUUGAUGGGGCGACUCCGCUGCAAGCCAUAACCAGUGGCGACCAUGUCGAGUCUCCCACAAACCUCUCGGCUGCCUCCCUACCCCUCUCACACCACCAACCAGACGCUGAAGCGGCGACUGAAGCAAGCCUGGCGCCAGUCAGCCCUCCCGUUAGUAAUGCGCCAGAGCCUUCUUCAAAAGCCUCUCUUCCUGAAUCUUCUCCAUUCCCAUCAUACCAUCAAUUUCGAAAGUCCCCCUCUCCUCCUGUUGCCUCGCCCGGAACUGUAAAUCCCAUGGACAUAAUGCCUGCCUCUACGGAAACCGAAGUCUGGCAUAAAACUGAGCACCAGCUUUACGAGGCCUUCCAUAAGCCGUCGCCAAGUGACCCUGCUGCUUCAUUACCACAGGAGGGACUCGCCAAUGGCUCUGCUAUGCCGUCCCCAUCUCCGACACCUCCUGAAACGCAGCCUCAGCCAAUCUUUACAGUGCAGUCGCCCGGCUCUACAAACCACACCGAAUUCAUUCCUGAUUACAUCACCACCACCACCAACCCCAACACUGAAAUCGACCAAGCGAAUGCUCAACUUGAUAACGGCGAUGUCGUCAUGCUAGACUCAAGUCUUCCUCCGAACCACGAUCACAGCUUGGCAGCGCCAGAAGGCCGGCAUCCAAGCUACCCCUCCGAUCAUUCCACCCCACUCCCCGGCCCCUCCUUUACCGACGUUUCAUCACAGAACACGCCCUCGACUGGAUUGGAUACACCUUCACCCGAGUCUGUGGGAAGCUCUGAUUUCCGACAUAGCGCGUCACCACACUCGGGGGCUGGUAGCCACUCUCCCAGGACUGGAGUCUACCGAUGCGAUGAGCCUGGGUGUAACCAGUCCUUCGACCAACCACACAAACUCAAGCAUCAUCAGCGCUAUCAUAGCAAAGACCACAAGUGCCCUUACCCAGGCUGCGGCAAGGGCUUUGGCACCAAGACCCAUUUGCAAAGACAUAUCAAUGACAGGCACGAGAAGAAGAAGAAAUUCCAUUGUUCUGUUGUCGGCUGCGAUUAUUCCAGAGCAGGCGGCAAAGCUUUCCCCAGAAAAGAUAAUUGGAAGAGACACAUGAUCAAGAUUCACAAUAUUGAACAGCAACAACUUCCAGAGCCGAUUGAAGUCGACAUGGAUGUAGACGGAAUAUGA